AUGUCCUCAUCUCGUCCUGCCACUGGGAACCGCUUAGCCGUUCCUAUCCGGACAAAUCUUCCCGUUCCCGCACCCCGUAAGCGCCGAUUUGAAUUAACGGAUGAGCAACGACAGGAGAUUCGCGAAGCAUUCGAGCUGUUCGACUCCGACAAGAACGGUCUUAUCGAUGCGCAUGAAAUGAAGGUUAGCAUGCGGGCACUUGGAUUUGAUGCAAAGAAAGAGGAGGUCUUGCGCAUGAUGCAAGACUGCGCGGCGCGGGAUCAGCAUAAUAACCCACUUAUGGACUUAGCGGGAUUCACUGAUUUGAUGACCGAACGCUUUGCUCAACGGGACCCACGGCAGGAGAUGAUCAAAGCGUUUCAACUGUUCGAUGAGAACAAUACGGGGAAAAUAUCUCUGCGUUCCCUCCGUAGGGUUGCAAGAGAAUUGGGCGAGAACAUGACGGAUGAAGAAUUGCAAGCCAUGAUUGACGAGUUCGACACAGAUCAAGAUGGCGAGAUUAAUCUUGACGAAUUCCUUGCCAUCAUGCUGGAAGAUGAUGACUACUGA